AUGCAUCUUAAACGCAAUGAAGUCGAUCCGUUCUUGAAACGGAUUAUCACUCGUGAUGAAAAAGGAACUGUUUACAACAACAUUAAUCGAAAACAAUCAUGGUCCAGGCAUGAUGAAGCGCCACAAACCACUUCACAGGCUGAUAUUCACCAAAAGAAGAUUAUGCUGUCAGUUUGGUGGCACUGGAAGUGUGUGGUAUAUUUUGAGCUGCUUCAGAGGAACCAAACGAUUAAUUCGGAUGUCUACUGCCAACAAUUGGACAAAUUGAAUACAGCCAUCAACGAGAAGCGAUCGGAAUUGAGCAAUCGUAAAGGUGUCAUAUUUCAUCAGGACAACGCUAGACCGCAUACAUCUUUGGUCACUCGCCCAAAACUGAGAGAGCUUGGUUGGACACUUUUGAUGCAUCCACCAUAUAGCCCUGACCUUGCACCGUCAGACUACCAUUUGUCUUUGCAGAGCUCCUUAAAUGGUAAAACUUUCGGCAAUGACGAGGCUAUAAAAUCGCACUUGGUUCAGUUUUUUGCAAAUAAAGGCUAG